AUGGACUUCAAGGACAUGCUGGGAUAUGUGAAUGUGGAGGAGGCGAAGGUGUUGGUGGAGCCUGAUAUCAUUGGCAUCCAGAGGAGACAGAGGCAGCAAAUACUUUCCAUGCUUUUCAUUAUUUAUUCUGGUAUUAUAGCCCUUAGGAAGGCCAACAGGAGUGCUGUAGGAAAUGAAAACACACAAGCUGAGACCAAUUUUGAGGGCAUUGAGAGCAAGUUUUCCUUACGGACACCUGCAGAGCCUGACGAAGAUGUCUGCUACCUGGUUCCUGGGCAGGUGGACAGCCUGGCACAGUGUAACUUCAACCAUACCAGUAAAACCUUUGUGGUGAUCCACGGGUGGACGGUGACAGGAAUGUAUGAAAGUUGGGUCCCGAAGCUGGUGGAUGCUCUGUACAAGAGGGAACCUGAUUCAAACGUCAUUGUGGUGGACUGGCUAAUUCGAGCUCAGCAGCACUACCCAGUGUCUGCUGCAUAUACUAAGCUGGUGGGAAAGGAUGUUGCUAUGUUCAUUGACUGGAUGGAGGAGCAAUUCAAUUAUCCUCUCAACAAUGUCCACUUGCUGGGGUACAGUCUAGGUGCUCAUGCUGCUGGGAUUGCUGGCAGCCUGACCAAGAAGAAGGUGAACAGAAUUACUGGGCUAGAUCCAGCUGGUCCUACCUUUGAGUAUGCUGAUGCCCUCACCCGCCUCUCCCCGGAUGAUGCUGACUUUGUUGAUGUCCUACACACUUACACUCGAGGCUCUCCAGACCGCAGCAUUGGGAUCCAGAAGCCUGUUGGACACAUUGAUAUUUAUCCUAAUGGUGGAGGUUUCCAACCAGGUUGCAACUUGGGAGAAGCACUCCGUCUGAUUGCUGAAAAAGGCUUUGCAGAUGUGGAUCAGCUGGUGAAAUGUUCCCAUGAACGAUCCAUCCACCUCUUCAUUGACUCCCUCCUCUAUGAAGAAAAGCCCAGCAUGGCCUACCGCUGCAACACAAAGGAGGCCUUUGAGAAGGGUCUCUGCCUGAGCUGCCGUAAGAACCGCUGCAACAAUUUGGGCUACAAGGUCAACAGAGUGAGAACAAAGAGAAACACCAAAAUGUAUUUGAAGACCCGUGCUCAGAUGCCCUAUAAAGUCUUUCAUUACCAGGUCAAGAUCCAUUUCUUUGGAAAGACUAAUACAACCAAGACAAACCAGCCAUUCCUGAUAUCUCUCUAUGGCACUCUAGAUGAGAGUGAGAACAUUGCCUUCACACUGCCUGAAGUCUCCUCAAAUAAGACCUUCUCCUUCCUGAUUUACACAGAAGUAGACAUUGGUGACCUGCUUAUGCUGAAGCUGCAGUGGGAGAAAGACACUUUCUUCAGCUGGUCAGACUGGUGGACUCCUUUUACAUUUGACAUCCAGAGAGUCAGAGUGAAGUCAGGAGAAACUCAGAAAAAGGUGGUGUUCUGUUCUCGAGAUGGCACCUCGCAUCUCAGUAAGGGAGAAGAGGCAGCGAUAUUUGUGAAAUGCUUGGAGCAGCCCGUCAACAGGAAGAGAGGAGGUGCCAAGAAAGCCUCUAAAGAAAAUUCUGCUCAUGAAUCUGCUUAAGUGACAAGAAUGAAGUUUUUCCAUGCUGGGGAGGAGGAGAGUCUGUUCAUCCCCAUGGACUGGAUGUUCAGAACCAAAUAUAUAGAAAUAUUUAUCCACUGCUGGCUUUUUGCCUGCUAUUCCUAGCUAUCUUAGGAGACUUCUUGUAAGGAAGUCUCAGCAUACAAAGUUACUAACCAUAAAGAUACAUUAUUCAAAUAGUUAAAAACAAAAAGAAACCCGCAAAACUACUUGCCAAAGGCUUGAGUGCUGGGAAUGAAUAAGUAAUUUUGCUUAAUCAUGGUGCCUUGUGACAAGGCUUCUUGACAUCAAAUCCUCUAUAGCAAUUUUCUAGUAUUUAUUGAAGAGAAGUAAAGCCCUGUACCUGGCUUUUCUUUCUUUUCAGGAGUCUUCUGAAACUGGACAAGUGUUUUUUUUUUUUUCUGGCUUUGCUAACCUGGAUUUUCAGACAGUUUAGUGGCUAGACUUCAUUGUCUUCAAGUGUGUGUUUAGCAAAUGAGUAGGUUUCUCAUGUAAAAAAAAACACCUUUGCUGCGUGUCAGGGACUGACUUAAUACGGGGAUGAAUUUUCUAGUUUGUGGUUAUGAAUGUGUUUUACUGGGGGUAGAUGCCAGUGCCACUUAGCAAUAGGUAUGAUCUGUUAAGCUAUAUACUUUUAUGCAGCUUACACUGGAAU